AUGACCUCCACCAAACUCUCGCAACAGCUGCACCGGAUCGCGUCGCAGUGGCCAUCGGACCCUUUCCGGCCACAUCUCCAGCUCGGCACUUUUCUCAAGGCCCUUGCUGACCACCCCCAGCUCACACCGCAGGCGACUCGCGCUGCACGUGCUCUGCUUGAGAAUGAGUACGCCCACAAGUAUCCCCAUUCGGAGAAGAUCAUGAAGCCGGCAUCGAUGCCACAGUACUACACACGCCUCGGUGAGGGCUACGAGAAGAGCGCACAGGGCAUUGCGAGACCGUGGUGGAAGAUAUUCUUCGGCAUAUGGUAG